GUUCUGAUUCUUCAACCAGCCUUUCAUUUACUCUAAUCAAUAUCAAUAAUAAUCUAAACUACUAAGAUGAACGCCGUUCUCUUUACAUCGUUAUUAUACCAUCUUCAACCGGAUAGCAGCAUUCUGAGGUCUCCUCACGUCCUGAUGCAGGCUCUGUACGAUCUACGGGUCGCUUCAGAUCAAGGCUACCUUUCAUGGUUCCAGAAGCAACCGGAAUUCCAUCGUUUCGUCAUUCCGGAUUUGGAAUUCCAGAAUCGGAGUUACGAUCAUCUUUCGGUGAUAAACGUCGGAGUUGAUUAUGCUUACGGGAAUGUUGAUAAAAAACUGUGGGCUUCGGCCAUUCGAUGGAUCGAAAUUUAUUACGAAUAUUCUAUCGAGUAUAUCGUUGGCAGGAUCAAUGAAAAGUUUAGAGAACUAUCUCAUGGUGAAAUCAGCUCGUUCAUGGACACAUCGCAGUACAACUACUACUGGUACAUUUCACUGUUCAGUAUGGUGACAUUCAAGCCCAUUUGGAUGUUUGGGUUCACAAAGUUUCAUACAUGUGUAUUUUUCGACAAGGAUCGUACCAACAAGAGAAUCAACUUUAUGCAAACACCUGAUUUGACUUUGGGUUACGCAAAAUUUCACGAUUUUACAGUAGUUGAGCUGCCCCUGAAAAAUAAUUUGUACAGUCUUCUAGUUCUACUACCGAUUGAUGAGCUAAAUAUCGACCAGUACGUAACAUCCCUCGACACCGUUAAGCUUAUUGAAAUCUACGAAAAUUUGGAACCGACCAACAUCACCGUUAUUCUUCCGAUGAACACCUUCACCGAUUGGCACUAUGCCAAAAAUAUGUUUAUGGCAAGUAGUAACUUUGGAAGGCCUUUUCACGAAUAUCUCUAUCGACCGAUAACGGAUCAAAAACCUCGCCCGCUUGAUGAAAUAGUUCAGAAGUUGAAAGUCGUAUUUGACACCAAUGGUGUGGAAAAUGUUACAAACUUUGAGAGUUUGGAAAACCGCAAGAUUUUUAUCGCAAGUACUCCCUUUUGGUUUUUACUGGUGGAACGACGGCUGAACGUUAUCCUGAUGACCGGUCAAAUCAAACGUCCUGGAAAGGAAAUGUACGAGCUCAAGCCGAGCAAUAGUUGUCCAAAUGGAAUCUUUUGAUUGAAAAAUACUAUAACAUAAAUAAUUAAAAUUUCAGAAAA